AUGGUGAAGAGGAAGAGCUCCGAGGGCCAGGAGCAGGACGGCGGCCGCGGCAUCCCGCUGCCCAUCCAGACCUUCCUGUGGCGGCAAACCAGUGCAUUUUUGAGGCCUAAGCUGGGGAAGCAAUAUGAAGCCUCUUGUGUGUCCUUUGAACGGGUGUUGGUAGAAAACAAACUGCACGGCCUCUCCCCGGCCCUCUCGGAAGCCAUCCAGAGCAUUUCCAGAUGGGAGCUGGUGCAGGCCGCCCUCCCUCAUGUUCUUCACUGCACUGCAACCCUGCUGUCAAACAGGAACAAACUAGGCCACCAGGAUAAGCUGGGUGUUGCUGAGACAAAACUCCUUCACACCCUGCACUGGAUGCUUCUAGAGGCCCCACAGGACUGCAACAGUGAUCAGUUUGGGGGUACAGACCGAGGUUCCAGCUGGGGUGGCGGCAGCACUGCUUUCAUCCACCAGAUUGAAAACCAGGGUUCUCCAGGGCAGCCUUGCCGUAGGAGCUCCAACGACGAGGAGGAGGGCAGCAGAAGGAAGAUAUUCCAGAAUUCCAUGGCUACGGUGGAGCUCUUCGUGUUUCUGUUUGCUCCUCUCGUGCACAGGAUAAAGGAAUCUGACCUCACCUUCCGACUGGCCAGUGGGCUGGUUAUCUGGCAGCCUAUGUGGGAGCACAGACAACCAGAAGUCUCUGGCUUUACAGCCCUGGUGAGGCCCAUCAGGAGCAUCAUUACAGCCAAGAGAAGCUCUCCUGUCAACAGUCAGAGUCAAACCUGUGAAUCACCAAAUCAAGACACAAAACAGCAAGGCGAGGGACGUCAGGUGGCCAGUGAAGCACUGAAGUCUGAUUCCAUCUCACCCAAGGCCACCAUCUCAGGCUGCCACCAGGGAAACUCCUUUGAUGGAAGCCUGUCCUCCCAAACUUCCCAGGAAAGAGGCCCAUCGCAUUCAAGGGCCUCUCUUGUGAUACCAUCAUGCCAGAGGUCCCGCUAUGCCACCUACUUCGAUGUUGCUGUUCUCCGCUGCCUUCUCCAGCCCCACUGGUCUGAGGAAGGCACUCAGUGGUCUCUGAUGUACUAUCUACAAAGGCUGCGACACAUGCUGGAAGAGAAGCCAGAAAAGACCCCAGAACCAGAUAUCCCUCUCCUGCCCAGGCCCAGAAGUAGCUCGAUGGUGGCAGCGGCUCCCUCGCUAGUGAACACCCACAAGACCCAAGAUCUCACCAUGAAGUGUAAUGAAGAAGAAAAAUCUCUAAGCCCCGAGGCUUUUUCCAAGGUUUCACUGACCAAUCUUCGAAGAUCUGCGGUCCCAGAUCUGUCUUCAGACCUGGGCAUGAACAUCUUUAAGAAGUUCAAAAGUCGCAAAGAAGACCGAGAGAGGAAGGGCUCCAUUCCAUUUCACCACACGGGGAAGAGGCGCCCUAGAAGAAUGGGUGUACCAUUCCUACUGCAUGAGGACCACCUAGAUGUCUCACCCACCAGAAGCACAUUCUCAUUCGGGAGUUUCUCUGGACUGGGCGAAGACAGGAGAGGCAUCGAAAAGGGAGGCUGGCAAACCACCAUCUUAGGGAAACUGACCCGGCGGGGCAGCUCAGACGCAGCCACUGAAAUGGAAAGUCUGAGUGCCCGGCCCUCGCACUCCCACCACACCCUGGUGAGCGACCUCCCAGACCACUCCAACAGCCACGGAGAAAACACUGUCAAGGAAGUACGGUCACAGAUCUCCACCAUCACAGUUGCCACCUUCAACACCACGCUGGCAUCCUUCAAUGUCGGCUAUGCGGACUUUUUCAGUGAGCAUAUGCGGAAACUCUGCAGCCAAGUGCCUAUCCCAGAGAUGCCGCACGAACCCCUGGCAUGUGCAAACUUGCCGCGAAGCCUCACAGAUUCCUGCAUUAACUACAGCUACCUGGAGGACACAGAGCACAUCGAUGGGACCAACAACUUUGUCCAUAAGAACGGCAUGCUGGAUCUUUCUGUGGUUCUGAAGGCUGUUUAUCUUGUCCUGAACCAUGACAUCAGUUCUCGCAUCUGUGAUGUGGCACUAAACAUUGUGGAAUGUUUGCUUCAACUUGGUGUAGUUCCCUGUGUAGAGAAAAGUCGGAAGAAAAGUGAAAACAAGGAAAACGACACUGUGGAAAAGAGACCAAGCGAGGGGACUUUCCAGUUCAAAGGCGUGUCUUCAAGUUCCACCAGUGGGUUUGGGGCCCCUUCUGCUAGUGGAGCUGGAGAUGGUGGAGCAGGAGAAGGAGGAGGUGGCGAUGGAGGAGGCGGAGGUGGAGGAAAUGGAGGAGGAGGUGGAGGAGGUGGAGGUGGUCCUUAUGAGAAGAAUGAGAAGAACCAAGAGAAGGAUGAAAAUACACCUGUAAGCAACCAUAGGCUUGCCCUCACUAUGCUCAUCAAAAUCGUCAAGUCUUUGGGAUGUGCCUAUGGUUGCGGAGAAGGACACCGGGGGCUCUCUGGAGAUCGUCUGAGACACCAGGUAUUCCGAGAGAAUGCCCAGAACUGCCUCACUAAGCUAUACAAGCUAGAUAAGAUGCAGUUCCGACAAACCAUGAGGGACUAUGUGAACAAGGACUCUCUCAAUAAUGUAGUGGACUUCUUGCAUGCUUUGCUAGGAUUUUGUAUGGAGCCAGUCACUGACAACAAGGCUGGAUUUGGAAAUAACUUCACCACAGUGGACAACAAAUCCACAGCCCAAAAUGUGGAGGGUAUUAUCGUCGGUGCCAUGUUCAAGUCCCUCAUCACACGCUGUGCCUCAACCACACAUGAGCUACACAGCCCUGAGAAUCUGGGACUGUACUGUGACAUCCGCCAGCUGGUCCAGUUUAUCAAAGAAGCUCACGGGAACGUCUUCAGGAGAGUGGCGCUUAGCGCUCUGCUUGACAGCGCUGAAAAGUUAGCGCCAGGGAAAAAGGUGGAGGAAAAUGGACAGGAGUCUAAGCCUGCAGGUGGUAAAAGGUCGGAGGCAGGAAGCAUCGCAGAUAAGGGCCAGGUGUCCUCUGCACCUGAGGAAUGUCGAAGCUUCAUGUCUGGUCGCCCCUCACAGACACCUGAACAUGAUGAACAAAUGCAAGGGGGCAAUCUGGGACGGAAAGACUUCUGGCGCAAGAUGUUCAAAUCCCAAAGCGCAGCAAGUGACACCAGCAGCCAGUCUGAGCAAGACACUUCAGAAUGUACCACAGCCCACUCAGGGAACACCUCGGACCGGCGUGCUCGCUCACGGUCGCGCAGAAUCUCCCUGAGGAAGAAGUUGAAACUCCCCAUAGGAAACUGGUUGAAGCGCUCCUCCCUCUCUGGCCUGGCAGAUGGUGUCGAGGACCUCCUGGACAUUAGCUCUGUAGAUCGCCUGUCUUUCAUCAGGCAAAGUUCCAAGGUCAAGUUCACCAGCGCUGUCAAGCUUUCUGAAGGUGGGCCAGGGAGUGGGGUGGAGAAUGGCCGAGAAGAGGAGGAGAAUUUCUUCAAGCGUCUUGGUUGCCACAGUUUCGACGACCAUCUUUCUCCCAACCAAGAUGGUGGAAAAAGCAAAAAUGUGGUGAAUCUGGGAGCAAUCCGGCAAGGCAUGAAACGUUUUCAAUUUCUGCUCAACUGCUGUGAGCCAGGGACAAUUCCUGAUGCAUCCAUCCUAGCUGCUGCCUUGGACCUAGAAGCCCCUGUGGUGGCCAGAGCAGCUCUGUUCCUGGAAUGUGCCCGUUUUGUUCACCGGUGUAACCGGGGCAACUGGCCAGAGUGGAUGAAAGGCCACCAUGUGAACAUCACCAAGAAAGGCCUUUCCCGGGGCAGGUCUCCCAUUGUGGGCAACAAGCGGAACCAGAAGCUGCAGUGGAAUGCUGCCAAGCUCUUCUACCAGUGGGGAGAUGCAAUUGGCAUCCGGUUGAAUGAGCUGUGUCAUGGAGAGAGUGAGAGCCCUGCUAACCUGCUCGGCCUGAUCUAUGACGAGGAGACCAAGAGAAGGCUGCGAAAGGAGGAUGAGGAGGAAGACUUUUUAGAUGACAGUACUGUGAACCCCUCUAAAUGUGGCUGUCCCUUUGCCUUGAAGAUGGCAGCUUGCCAGCUUCUCCUGGAGAUAACCACCUUCCUGAGGGAGACCUUUUCUUGCCUGCCUAGACCUCGCACUGAACCUCUAGCGGACUUGGAGAGCUGCAGGCUCCGUCUGGAUCCCGAGUUGGACCGGCACAGAUAUGAGAGGAAGAUCAGCUUCGCGGGAGUUCUGGAUGAAAAUGAAGACUCCAAAGAUUCUCUCCACAGCAGCAGCCACACCCUCAAGUCGGAUGCAGGCGCCGAGGAGAAGAAAGUUCCCAGCAGGAAGAUCAGGAUAGGAGGUUCUCGCCUGCUCCAGAUUAAAGGAACCCGCAGUUUCCAGGUGAAGAAGGGGGGUUCCUUGUCCAGCAUCCGCCGAGUCGGCAGCUUAAAGAGCAGCAAGUUAUCACGGCAGGACUCAGAGUCUGAGGCUGAGGAGCUGCAGCUGUCCCAGAGCAGGGACACUGUCACUGACCUAGAAGGGAGCCCUUGGAGUGCCAGUGAACCCAGCAUUGAGCCUGAGGGAAUGAGCACUGCCGGCACAGAGGAGAAUUACCACAGAAAUAUGUCAUGGCUUCAUGUCAUGAUCUUACUAUGCAACCAACAAAGUUUCAUUUGCACCCAUGUGGACUACUGCCACCCCCACUGCUACCUGCACCACAGCCGCUCCUGUGCCCGGCUCGUCAGGGCCAUUAAACUGCUGUACGGGGACAGUGUGGACUCCCUGCGUGAGAGCAACAACAUCAGCAAUGUGGCUUUGAGGGGCAAGAAGCAGAAGGAGUGCUCAGAUAAGUCCUGCCUAAGGACUCCUUCACUGAAGAAGAGGGUUCCAGAUGUCAACCUGGAAGGGAAAAAGGACUCCGGGAUGCUGAAGUACAUCAGGCUUCAGUUCUAUCACCCAGGAGAUAGAAGCAGGAGGAUCCUGAGACUGAGAUCAGUCUGGGUUCCAAUCCAGCUUGAGAUAGAUGCUGCCAUGUUCCUGCUGUGUGCGGUGAAGGUACCGGAAGCUGUGUCGGACAUGCUGAUGUCCGAGUUCCACCAUGCAGAAACUGUACAGAGACUGAAUGCUGUCCUCAAGUUCCACACGCUCUGGAGGUUUCGCUAUCAGGUCUGGCCAAGGAUGGAAGAGGGAGCCCAGCAGAUUUUUAAGAUCCCGCCUCCCAGUAUAAACUUCACCUUGCCCUCGCCAGUACUUGGAAUGCCAUCUGUCCCAAUGUUUGACCCUCCAUGGGUCCCUCAGUGCAGCGGGAGUGUCCAGGACCCCAUUAAUGAAGACCAGUCCAAAUCCUUCUCUGCCCGGGCUGUGUCCCGCUCUCAUCAGCGGGCAGAGCACAUCUUAAAGAACUUGCAGCAAGAAGAAGAGAAGAAACGUCUUGGUCGUGAAGCCAGCCUGAUCACCGCCAUCCCCAUCACCCAAGAGGCUUGCUAUGAGCCCACCUGCACACCCAACUCAGAGCCUGAGGAAGAAGUAGAAGAAGUCGCCAAUCUGACAUCCCGACGGCUGUCUGUGAGUCCAUCCUGCACCUCCAGUACAUCCCACCGGAAUUACUCCUUCCGCAGAGGGUCAGUCUGGUCUGUACGCUCAGCAGUCAGUGCUGAAGAUGAGGAACACACCACUGAACACACACCAAACCACCAUGUGCCUCAGCCUCCGCAAGCAGUAUUCCCAGCAUGCAUCUGUGCAGCAGUCCUUCCCAUCGUUCACUUAAUGGAGGAUGGAGAGGUGCGAGAAGAUGGAGUGGCAGUCAGUGCUGUGGCCCAGCAAGUCUUGUGGAACUGUUUAAUUGAAGAUCCAUCAACAGUUCUUCGACAUUUCCUGGAAAAAUUGACUAUCAGCAAUAGACAAGAUGAGCUAAUGUACAUGCUGCGCAAACUUCUCUUAAAUAUCGGAGACUUUCCAGCUCAGACAUCACACAUCCUAUUCAACUACUUGGUGGGACUAAUCAUGUACUUCGUGCGGACUCCGUGUGAGUGGGGGAUGGACGCCAUCUCUGCCACACUGACCUUCCUGUGGGAGGUAGUCGGGUAUGUGGAGGGCCUCUUCUUCAAGGAUCUCAAGCAGACGAUGAAGAAGGAGCAGUGUGAGGUGAAGCUCCUGGUCACUGCCUCCAUGCCAGGUACCAAAACCCUGGUGGUUCAUGGACAGAACGAAUGUGACAUUCCAACCCAGUUGCCCGUCCAUGAGGACACUCAGUUUGAAGCCCUGCUGAAGGAGUGUCUAGAGUUUUUCAACAUCCCAGAAUCCCAGUCAACACAUUACUUCCUCAUGGAUAAACGAUGGAACCUCAUCCACUACAACAAGACCUAUGUUCGAGACAUUUAUCCCUUCCGGAGGUCCGUAUCUCCACAGCUGAACCUUGUGCAUAUGCAUCCAGAAAGGGGGCAGGAGCUCAUUCAGAAACAGGUGUUUACCAGGAAGCUGGAGGAAGUGGGGCGAGUGCUGUUUCUCAUCUCUCUCACCCAGAAGAUCCCCACAGCGCACAAGCAGUCACAUGUCUCCAUGCUGCAGGAGGAUCUUCUCCGGCUGCCCUCUUUCCCCCGGAGUGCAAUAGACGCUGAGUUUUCGCUCUUUAGCGACCCUCAAGCCGGGAAGGAACUGUUUGGCCUCGACACCCUUCAGAAAAGCCUGUGGAUCCAGCUCCUGGAGGAAAUGUUCCUGGGCAUGCCUAGCGAGUUUCCCUGGGGAGACGAAAUCAUGCUUUUUCUCAACGUGUUCAACGGGGCUCUGAUUCUCCACCCCGAAGACAGUGCUCUGCUCAGGCAGUAUGCGGCCACCGUCAUCAACACAGCUGUGCACUUCAAUCACCUCUUCUCUCUCAGCGGCUACCAGUGGGUUCUCCCCACCAUGCUGCAGGUAUAUUCUGACUAUGAGAGCAACCCUCAGCUGCGUCGAGCCAUCGAGUUUGCCUGCCGCCAGUUCUACAUUCUCCACCGGAAGCCCUUUGUGCUCCAGCUGUUUGCCAGCGUGGCCCCUCUCCUGGAGUUUCCGGAUGCUGCCACCAACACCGGGUCCAGCAAAGGAGUGUCAGCUCAGUGUCUGUUUGACUUGCUGCAGUCCCUGGAGGGAGAAACCACGGAUAUUUUGGACAUUCUAGAGCUGGUUAAGGCUGAGAAGCCCCUCAAGUCACUAGAUUUUUGCUAUGGAAAUGAAGACCUGACUUUCUCCAUCAGUGAAGCCAUCAAACUCUGUGUCACGGUGGUAGCUUACGCUCCUGAGUCAUUCAGAAGCCUUCAGAUGCUCAUGGUCUUGGAGGCAUUGGUUCCAUGUUACCUACAGAAGAUGAAGAGGCAGACUUCACAGGUCGAGACCGUGCCUGCUGCCCGAGAGGAGAUUGCUGCCACAGCUGCUCUGGCCACAUCCCUACAAGCCCUUUUGUACAGUGUGGAGGUCCUCACCAGGCCCAUGACAGCCCCACAGAUGAGCAGGAGUGAUCAAGGUCACAAGGGGACAACCACAGCCAAUCACACCAUGUCAUCUGGAGUGAACACCAGGUAACUCACUUACCAGGAGCAAGGAGCCAAGCUGCACUUUAUCAGGGAAAACCUUCACUUGCUGGAGGAAGGACAAGGCCUUCCCAGAGAAGAGCUAGAUGAACGAAUUGCUCGAGAAGAAUUCAGAAGGCCCCGGGAAUCUCUGCUGAAUAUUUGCACAGAAUUCUACAAGCACUGUGGGCCAAGGCUGAAGAUUCUGCAGAAUCUGGCUGGGGAGCCCCGGGUAACUGCCCUGGAGCUGCUGGAUGUGAAGUCCCACAUGAGGCUGGCAGAAAUUGCACACUCCCUUCUGAAGCUGGCACCGUAUGACACCCAGACAAUGGAGAGCCGAGGCCUUCGGCGCUAUAUCAUGGAGAUGCUACCUAUUACCGACUGGUCAGCGGAGCCAGUGAGACCAGCCCUUAUCCUCAUUCUAAAGAGACUGGAUAGAAUGUUUAACAAAAUCCACAAGAUGCCUACCUUGAGGCGACAGGUUGAGUGGGAGCCUGCCAGCACUUUGAUUGAAGGGGUUUGUUUGACACUUCAGAGGCAGCCAAUCAUAUCCUUCCUCCCUCACCUUAGGUCACUGAUCAAUGUCUGUGUCAAUCUGGUGAUGGGAGUGGUAGGACCUUCCAGUGUGGCUGAUGGAUUACCCCUUCUUCAUCUCAGCCCUUAUCUCUCACCACCUCUGCCCUUCAGCACAGCUGUUGUCCGGCUUGUAGCAUUGCAGAUACAGGCUUUAAAAGAAGAUUUCCCUUUAAGCCAUGUGAUCUCCCCAUUCACCAAUCAAGAGCGAAGGGAAGGGAUGCUUUUAAAUCUGCUCAUCCCAUUUGUGCUCACAGUAGGAUCUGGAAGCAAAGAUAGCCCAUGGCUGGAGCAGCCCGAGGUACAGCUAUUGCUGCAGACUGUCAUCAACGUGCUCCUGCCCCCCCGGAUCAUCAGCACAUCGAGGAGCAAGAACUUCAUGCUGGAGAGCUCCCCAGCCCAUUGCUCUACUCCUGGGGAUGCAGGCAAAGACUUGCGCAAGGAAGGGCUGGCUGAGUCCACCAGCCAGGCAGCAUACUUAGCCCUAAAGGUUAUUCUCGUCUGCUUUGAGCGGCAGCUGGGAAGCCAGUGGUACUGGCUGAGCCUGCAGGUGAAGGAGAUGGCUCUGCGGAAGGUGGGCGGCCUGGCCCUGUGGGAUUUCCUCGACUUCAUCGUGCGCACCCGGAUACCCAUCUUCGUACUCUUGCGCCCUUUCAUCCAAUGCAAGCUACUGGCCCAACCGGCAGAGAACCAUGAAGAACUUUCUGCCCGGCAACAUAUCUCUGACCAGUUAGAGCGGCGCUUCAUCCCCCGCCCUUUGUGCAAGAGCUCGCUCAUUGCAGAGUUCAACAGCGAGCUGAAAAUUCUGAAAGAGGCGGUCCACAGUGGAUCAGCCUACCAAGGAAAGACAUCCAUCAGUACUGUGGGCACGUCCACCUCUGCCUACCGCCUGAGUCUGGCUACCAUGUCCCGCUCCAACACAGGCACAGGCACUGUCUGGGAGCAGGACAGUGAACCAUCCCAACAGGCUUCUCAAGACACCUUGAGUCGGACUGACGAGGAGGACGAGGAAAAUGACUCUGUGAGCAUGCCCAGUGUGGUAAGUGAACAGGAAGCUAGUCUCCUGAGUGCCCUUGGAAGGAGGCGGUUCUCCAGCCACGUCUCCAGCAUGUCUGCACCUCAGGCUGAGGUGGGCAUGUUACCCAGCCAAAGUGAACCUAAUGUCCUCGAUGACUCCCAGGGCCUGGCCGCCGAGGGCAGCCUCUCUAGGGUGGCGAGUGUACAGAGUGAACCUGGCCAGCAGAACCUCCUCCUGCAGCAGCCACUGGGGAGGAAAAGGGGCCUGAGGCAGCUAAGACGCCCUCUUCUGUCAAGGCAGAAGACUCAAACUGAACCCAGAAACCGCCACGGGGCUCGACUGUCCACCACUCGCAGGAGCAUUCAACCUAAAACAAAGCCAUCUGUUGACCAGAAGCGAUCUGUGACCUUCAUUGAGGCUCAGUCAGAGCCAACAGCCACCACAACAGACAUACUUCCUGCCACAGGCCAACCACAGGGCUGCAGCCCAGGGCCAUCCAGGAAGCCUGAAGGAAGUGACAAACCAGUGCUCACAUCCUCGCCUGCCAUUGUUGUUGCAGACCUUCACAGCGUGUCUCCCAAGCAGAGUGAGCCCCUUCUUGCUGAAGAAGAAGAACAAAAGGAGAAUACAGAAGUACAAGGUGCUGCAGUACACAGUCCCCUCUCUACUCAACUCUCAGACCCUGAUGACUUCACUGGCCUUGAGACAUCCAGCCUCCUGCAGCAUGGAGAUACUGUCCUUCACAUCAGCGAGGAAAAUGGCAUGGAGAACCCCCUGCUGUCCAGCCAGUUCACUUUCACUCCUCCUGACCUGGGGGAGAAAGAUACAGCACCAGACAAGCCCCAUGUUUAGGUCUCUGUUGCAGGGGCAGUGCACAGGAGACUGCUGGCAGCAGAAUGCUUUUGAUGGGAAGGCUUAAUUCCAAAACAGCACUUUAUAGCCAGUGCGUGGCAUUACGUCUGAGCAUAUUUUGCUGUCAACGCUCUUUAUGUGUUAUCACCACCUUAAAAAUCAAUAGCUAAAAGUCUUCAGUCGUGUGAAGAUCAUAAAAACAGGAAUAGGGGGAAAGGGCCAUUCCAAUGCACAUUCUGAACACCUUGCUUUGAGCAGUUAAGAAUAUAUACUAUUACAGACAGUUGAGAAUAUAUACCAUUACAGACAGUUGAAAGUAUAUACUAUUACAAACAGUUGAGAGUAUAUACCAUUACAAACAGUUAAGAAUAUAUAUACUAUUACAGAUUGUUGAGAAUAUAUACUAUUACAGACAGUUGAGAAUAUAUACUAUUACAGACAGUUGAGAAUAUAUACUAUUACAGACAGUUGAGAAUAUAUACUAUUACAGACAGUUGAGAAUAUAUACUAUUACAGACAGUUGAGAAUAUAUACUAUUACAGACAGUUAAGAAUAUAUAUACUAUUACAGACAGUUGAGAGUAUAUACUGUUGCUUCCCUCAUAAGACCGCUGACUAUAUGUUCUAAAGAGGAAUGCAAUCUUUUAAGAUACUCACAUUAUACAUUUCCUGAAAAUGUUUAUUUUUGUAGUUUCAAAAAUUUUACAUUAUGUGGCUAUAAGCAUUGCAACUCACAUAAAAACAACCAACAAGAAAAAUAAUUAGAUUGGAGACACUAAAUUAAAAACCUAGCAGUUAUUUUUGUUUUGGUCAACAAUAUAUCUAGAAAUUAAAGGAACAAAACACUAUUUUUUUAGAGCUGUGGAAUUUUCAAAAUUUAUUUUUAACUGUCAUUUUCACUAAAUGCUAUAAAUUAAAAUUCUAAUGCCACAGCCCAUUUCAUAUCACAUUAGGAAUUCUCAGAUAUGAUUCUGAAUUAAUGACAUAGACAGCUAUACAAUUAUAAAAAGCUAAAUGUAAAUAGCAUUGCUUGAAAGAGAUGGCAUUCCUGCUUCUAGCCACAACUACAUACAGCAGUGUCUAAAUUGGCUCUAUUGGGAAAGGGGAUUAUAUUUCCUUACAGUUCUUGUGCCUGCCCCCUGAGGGCAUAUUUUCAUACAUCAAAGUUAAGUUGUUAGAAUUAGAUCGGAAAAUAAUUUUUCUCAGUAGUCAAAUAUUCUAUGAUCCUUAAGAGAUCUCAGUUAAUGAGGAAAAAUACAGAGUAACCAAUUUCUUCAUAGACUCAGACAGCUUGUAUAUAUCACAAAUAGGGCUUUAACUUGAAGUGCAGUUACUUCAAAAAAUAAAAUAAAAAUUGGAAGGCUUGUGAGGCCAGUACUUAGUAGAUUAUUAAAGGGCUGGGCGUCGUGCAGUUCAUAAAUGGUCUUCAGAAGUUUAGCCGUUUACAUUAGAGAAAUGUUACAUAACUACUAAGCAUUGAAAGAAAUACAUACCUACACUGGUAUGGGUGUGUGUGUGUGUGUGUGUGUGUGUGUGUGUUAGUCUUCAAAUAGAGGGUUAACAGAGUUUGUGUGGAGAUGAGUUCAAAAUAUAUUCUAUAUGCUCAAAUGUUGACUAUGUUGGCUAUGAAAUGUACAUGUAUAAAAAGAGGAGACCUAUCAAUCCAACAAGUCAUAAAGGAAAAUGAUUUUUAUGUUAGAAUUGUUUAUUAAAUAAGCAUAGUUUAUAUUGUGAUUUAUAAAAUCAAAUAUAUUUUGGGACUAUGGCCCCAUUCACAAAGAUGAUAAAGGUAUCUAUAAAUGAAUUAGAAUAAAA